CACACACACACUAUCCUCCCACACAUCUGGAUCCUGACUCAGUGACCGCUUGGACUUUUGACGUCAUUCCCACCAGCGGCACAGUCCGAAAGUCCUCGUGGACACAGACCGACGUCUCACAUCCCGUAGAAAGACGCGUGUCGUCCGGAGAAAAGCCUCUGGGAGCGAGGUAGGCCUCGCAUACCUUCUUUGUGGCUUUCCUGCUGGGGUGUAUUUUGCUUUCCUUCUCCCUCCGUUAUCCAUUUCUUCGCCCUGGUCUCCUUCUCGUGCCUGUCCGGGACAUUCCAGCUGGGAGCUGCAGCCCCCCGUCUCUAUUCCAGCUGUUCUCUCCCUCUGGCUUCCCUCUACAAAUGAUAACAUCGAGCAUCGAGCUGUACGCCGCGUUACUCUCCCACUGCCUCCAUACUACCUUUUUUUUCGUUCGCUGCAGCCACUGCUGCUCCGGGAUCUCUACCGUUCAAGAUAAAAAGAGCUUACACCGACAGUCGGGGGCCUUUUAAAAUAGGCCUUUUUUCGGAAAAGCUCUUGAGGAGGCAGACGGUCCAAGGGUCAGACAGACGGUGCUGGCUGGAUUCCUGACGCAGGGACUGCGGCGCGGGAGGAUGUCCGGGGGAGACGUCGCGGCGCCGGCGCUCGGACCCGCGGCCCCGGAGCCGCCCGGGCAGGGGCACCGGACGCCGACCAGACUGUACUGCCCGAACGGAGGUCCCAACCUGAGGAUUUCAUCGGACGGAACCGUGAGCGGUGGCAGGCAGGAGGACGACCCCUCCGACAUCCUGAGGCUGCAGGCUGUGAGUGUGGGAGUGCUGGUCAUCAGGGGCGAGAUGACGGGAAGGUACCUCGCCAUGAACAAAAAAGGAGGCCUCUACGGAUCGCAAGCGCUGAGCGACGAGUGCUACUUCCUGGAGAAGUAUGAAGAAAACCAUUACAACACGUAUCGCUCGCAGAAGUACAAGUGGUACGUGGGGCUGAAGAGGAAUGGGCAGCCCAAGCCCGGACCGGACACCAACCAGGGUCAAAAGGCCGUCUUUUUCCUGCCAAGGCCGGUGAAAUAAGACGCUAAGAGGAGCCCGUCGUUCCUGCUCCAACGGUGUUCCCGAUUGGAAGGUCGCUUGAAAUCAGCGCAACGGGGCAGUGAGGCCUGAGGCCAACGCAGGAGACGGCUGUUUUUUUUUUUCUUCUUCUUUCUCAUCCCUCUUGUUUAUGCAGAGGGAAAAAAAAGUGACUCCAACUCAUGUAAGCAGGCGAUUACACUUGGUAUGAAUUAUUACGGGGAUGUGAGGAUGUCCCCCUCGGGGGGGGGAAAUGCUGAAAACACCCUCUCACUCCGGACAGAGAAUGCGUGAGGUAUCGACGCAUGUCGAGCCCUCGACAAACCCGCGCUGGCUUUGAAAGCCCGAAUGAAACGCCUCUGUGGAACACAUCAAACAGAGGGGGGGGCGGGGGGGGGGUUUACACAGAAAUACUUUUGCAAUUGAUCACAUGUGGCACAAAAGAAACCAACAAGGCAGUAAACAUGAAAGAGACGACUUCGCGGUGGAGGGAAUAGUAGGAAUAAUGUAAGUAUUUCAGUGCCUGACCUGUGGGGGGGGUGGGGGGGGACGUCCUGGUGAGGGUUUAAAUGUGACCAUUUUUUAUAUUUAUAUUAUCUUAUUGUUAUUUCAUGCCUGGGGUCAGCUGACAGUCUGACUUUAGGGAGGUUGUUAUUGAGUUGUUAUUGUGUUCAUGACGAGACGGAACCAAAGAAGAAUGUAUCACGCUGACGAGAUCAAAUGCUCAAGAGCGGUUCGUUUGAGGACAAUAUAAUCAUAAUAUUGAGCAACACUUUUUUUGGCCCACAUAUUUCUCUUAAGGUUAAAACGCGCGUUACUGUAACAUAAAAAUUAAAUUGCUAUUGUGAAUAGUUAUCUGUAAAAUUGUGCUGCUGAUACAUUGUAAUUUUUGCUGAUGCCUGUGUAAUCCAUACAUACAUAAUGAAGGAAAAAAACUUUGGUUUGAUCAACUUCCUUUUAAGUAAUACAUUUUAUAUUAAGCGUUGUUAAAUGUGGGAAAUAAAGUCUGCAUUAUUAUCAAUAAAAAGAUAAAUAUUGUUUUCCC